AUGUUAAGAAAUACAUAUAAUUCGAUUAGUAGUGGUGUGAGGAAAUUAUAUUCACCAUAUUCAUAUAAAUCUUAUAGUAGAAGUAGUAGUUUAAAGUAUUUCACAACAACACCUACAACAACAACAACACAACAAUCAACUUUAAAUACUUUAUCAACAGAAAACAGUUGUACUAAUAGUAGUAGUAUAGAUAAUGAAAUAAAUAUAAAUAAAAAACAAAUAAUCAAUAAAAAGACGGGUUUUAUCUAUGAAAGUAUAGCAAAGCCACCUAAAUAUGUAUCGACAACUACAACUAUUAUGAAUGAAAAGCGUAAUGAUUUGAUAAGAGCGUUGGUGGUGAAACAACCUUUGGAACAGGUACGUGCCAAACAUCGAUAUUUGGUAGUGGGACUCGGUAAUCCCGGUAAGGAGUAUCAAUUCACCAGACACAACAUCGGAUUCUUGGCAAUCGAUAAACUCGCACAACUACUCGGAACAGACAUAAACAACGAUGUAAAGCAUUCACACAUCACCACAACCUGGUUGAAAUUAGAUCAAAAACAAAAAAGAUCGAAAAAACAAAAGAUAUCAACAACAACAACAACAACAAUUAAGCAACAACAAGAUAAAGAAGAUGUAAAUAACAACAAUCAAAAAGAAGAAGAAGAAGAAAAAGAAGAAGAAGAAGAAGAUAUUAUUAUGGAAAUUAAGAAACCUAAUCAAGUUGUUUAUGAAGUUAUUCUUGCGAAACCUAUGAAGUUCAUGAAUUUAAGUGGUGGAUCGGUUCGAUCGUUACACAAUCACUAUAAUGUACCGAUUGGCAAUAUUUUGAUUAUGGUCGACGAUAUGGCGGUGGAUCUUGGCAAGGUUAAACUACGUACAAAGGGUGGUAGUGGUGGACAAAACGGUUUGGAAGAUAUCAUCAAUCGAUUGGGUACGGAGAAGUUCGCGCGACUUCGAAUCGGAAUUGGUUCUCCACGACCAGGUGAAGAUAUAGCUAGCUACGUACUGCGAAAGUUCCCUCUGGAAUCGGUUCAACAGAUAUCAAUGAUAACUGAACAUGCUGCGAGAGUUGCAUUGAUGUGGUUAGAAUGUGAUACUGUAUUCACAAUGAAUCAUGUCAAUAAAUAA